UUUAUUUGUUAUAAAGUUAAACAUAAACUAAAUAUGUUUGCUACUAGAUUAUUAAAGUUUAGACCGUUGUGUACAAAUCCUAAUGUCCAAAAAUUAGCAACUGCAGUUUUACCACAAGAAGCACAAGCACUUAACCCCAAAAACACUGAAGACUCAGUGCUGAAUAACCCAGACUACUUUAAUGUCCACAACCUAUUUACAGUAAAAGAUUUAUUCGAUGCCAGAGUUCACUAUGGUCAUAAAGAAGGCUCAUUAGAUGACCGCAUGUUGCCAUACAUUUAUGGCACUCGACUGGGACAUUUAAUAUUCGAUUUGGACAAAACUGCAGAGUAUUUAAGGGCUGCCUUAAACAUUGCCGCACAUGUUGCCUACCGAGAUGGUAUAAUAUUGUUCUUUUUACGUGGUGCCCAAAAUUCUCACCUGGUAGAAAAAACAGCCAAAGAAUGUGGGGAGUUUGCACACACUAGGUUUUGGAGAGGAGGCAUUUUUACUAAUGCUGAUAAGCAGUUUGGGGCAGUUACCAGAUUGCCAGAUUUGUGUAUAUUUUUGAACACACAAAACAAUGUUCUGUUACAACAUACAGCAGUCAGGGAUGCUGCAAAAAUGGCCAUAGCAACAAUAGGAAUCGUCGAUUCUAACUGUAAUCCAAAUUUAAUAACUUACCCUGUACCUGGAAAUGAUGACUCCCCAGCUGCAAUAGAACUUUAUUGUAAAUUGUUUAAGCAAGCCAUAUUACGAGGCAAAGAGAAAAGAAAAGAACAUCUUAGUAAGCAAUAAUAUUUAUUGUAAGUAUAGAGUAUUAGGUUCAAUAAACUAUUUAUAAUA